AUGGGGUGUCCAGGGAACGGGGGCGGCUUGUGGCUGGUCGCCGAGGAGAGCGGGCGACGCAGACGCAAGCCGCACUGGCGCCGGGACCGCCCGGGCGAGGGAGGGAACAGCGCGGACAUUCGCUCCCCUGUGCAGGAGGCCGUGGAACCAAAGCGCGGUCCUUGCGUGCCUGCACGUGACUACCCCGAGAACAGCGAGACCGCCCGGGCGAGGGAGGGAACAGCGCGGACACUCGCUCCCCUGUGCAGGAGGCCGUCGCAACAGGGCGCGGUCCUUGCGAGGCCGUGGAACCAAAGCGCGGUCCUUGCGUGCCUGCACGUGACUACCCCGAGAACAGCGAGACCGCCCGGCGAGGGAGGGAACAGCGCGGACAGUCGCUCCCCUGUGCAGGAGGCCGUGGAACCAGGGCGCGGUCCUUGCGUGCCUGCACGUGACUACCCCGAGAACAGCGAGACCGCCCGGGCGAGGGAGGGAACAGCGCGGACAGUCGCUCCCCUGUGCAGGAGGCCGUCGCAACAGGGCGCGGUCCUUGCGUACCUGCACGAGGCCGUCGCAACAGGGCGCGGUCCUUGCGUGCCUGCACGUGACUACCCCGAGAACAGCGAGACCGCCCGGGCGAGGGAGGGAACAGCGUGGACAGUCGCUCCCCUGUGCAGGAGGCCGUCGCAACAGGGCGCGGUCCUUGCGUGCCUGCACGAGGCCGUCGCAACAGGGCGCGGUCCUUGCGUGCCUGCACGUGACUACCCCGAGAACAGCGAGACCGCCCGGGCGAGGGAGGGAACAGCGCGGACAGUCGCUCCCCUGUACAGGAGGCCGUCGCAACAGGGCGCGGUCCUUGCGUGCCUGCACCGGGACCGCCCGGGCGAGGGAGGGAACAGCGCGGACAGUCGCUCCCCUGUGCAGGAGGCCGUGGAACCAAAGCGCGGUCCUUGCGUGCCUGCACGUGACUACCCCGAGAACAGCGAGACCGCCCGGCGGGACCGCCCGGGCGAGGGAGGGAACAGCGCGGACAGUCGCUCCCCUGUGCAGGAGGCCGUGGAACCAAAGCGCGGUCCUUGCGUGCCUGCACGUGACUACCCCGAGAACAGCGAGACCGCCUGGGAGGCCGUGGAACCAAAGCGCGGUCCUUGCGUGCCUGCACGUGACUACCCCGAGAACAGCGAGACCGCCCGGGCGAGGAAGGGAACAGCGCGGACAGUCGCUCCCCUGUGCAGGAGGCCGUGGAACCAGGGCGCGGUCCUUGCGUGCCUGCACGAGGCCGUGGAACCAGGGCGCGGUCCUUACGUGACUGCACGUGACUACCCCGAGAACAGCGAGACCGCCCGGGCGAGGGAGGGAACAGCGCGGACAGUCGCUCCCCUGUGCAGGAGGCCGUGGAACCAGGGCGCGGUCCUUGCGUGCCUGCACCGAGACCGCCCGGGCGAGGGAGGGAACAGCGCGGACAGUCGCUCCCCUGUGCAGGAGGCCGUGGAACCAGGGCGCGGUCCUUGCGUGCCUGCACGUGACUACCCCGAGAACAGCGAGACCGCCCGGGCGAGGGAGGGAACAGCGCGGACAGUCGCUCCCCUGUGCAGGAGGCCGUCGCAACAGGGCGCGGUCCUCGCGUACCUGCACGAGGCCGUCGCAACAGGGCGCGGUCCUUGCGUGCCUGCACGUGACUACCCCGAGAACAGCGAGACCGCCCGGGCGAGGGAGGGAACAGCGUUGACAGUCGCUCCCCUGUGCAGGAGGCCGUCGCAACAGGGCGCGGUCCUUGCGUGCCUGCACGAGACCGUGGAACCAAAGCGCGGUCCUUGCGUGCCUGCACGUGACUACCCCGAGAACAGCGGGACCGCCCGGGCGAGGGAGGGAACAGUGCGGACAGUCGCUCCCCUGUGCAGGAGGCCGUGGAACCAGGGCGCGGUCCUUGCGUGCCUGCACCGAGACCGCCCGGGCGAGGGAGGGAACAGCGCGGACAGUCGCUCCCCUGUGCAGGAGGCCGUGGAACCAGGGCGCGGUCCUUGCGUGCCUGCACGUGACUACCCCGAGAACAGCGAGACCGCCCGGGCGAGGGAGGGAACAGCGCGGACAGUCGCUCCCCUGUGCAGGAGGCCGUCGCAACAGGGCGCCUUCCUUGCGUGCCUGCACCGAGACCGCCCGGGCGAGGGAGGGAACAGCGCGGACAGUCGCUCCCCUGUGCAGGAGGCCGUGGAACCAGGGCGCGGUCCUUGCGUGACUGCACGUGACUACCCCGAGAACAGCGAGACCGCCCGGGCGAGGGAGGGAACAGCGCGGAUAGUCGCUCCCCUGUGCAGGAGGCCGUGGAACCAGGGCGUGGUCCUUGCGUGCCUGCACGAGGCCGUCGAACCAGGGCGCGGUCCUAGCGUGACUGCACGUGACUACCCCGAGAACAGCGAGACCGCCCGGCGAGACCGCCCGGGCGAGGGAGGGAACAGCGCGGACAGUCGCUCCCCUGUGCAGGAGGCCGUGGAACCAAAGCGCGGUCCUUGCGUGACUGCACGUGACUACCCCGAGAACAGCGAGACCGCCCGGGCGAGGGAGGGAACAGCGCAGAUAGUCGCUCCCCUGUGCAGGAGGCCGUCGAACCAGGGCGCGGAGGCCGUGGAACCAGGGCGCGGUCCUUGCGUGACUGCACGUGACUACCCCGAGAACAGCGAGACCGCCCGGGCGAGGGAGGGAACAGCGCGGACAGUCGCUCCCCUGUGCAGGAGGCCGUGGAACCAGGGCGCGGUCCUUGCGUGCCUGCACGAGGCCGUCGAACCAGGGCGCGGUCCUAGCGUGACUGCACGUGACUACCCCGAGAACAGCGAGACCGCCCGGGCGAGGGAGGGAACAGCGCGGACAGUCGCUCCCCUGUGCAGGAGGCCGUCGAACCAGGGCGCGGUCUGUGCGUCAUUCGGCCAGUAG